GUAUAAAUAAUAAUUCGACCCUCCAUUUAUACCUCUUUAGUGUAGCUCGAAAACAUAAUACCCCAUAGAGUUUCUUUGCUAACAUUCGUUUUGCUGAUUUAUAUUGCUCGCCUAUAGGGUUGCCAGUGUAGAAGAAAAGCGAGGAUGCUGCUUUCUAUCUUCAAGGGGUCAUUGGUGGCUGCCAUGAUUUUGACUUGUCUGGGCCAGCCAGAUCCAUGUGAAGUCCCCUUAGUUACAGACAGUGGACAAAAGGACAACUUUACCGUGGUAGAUCUAGCCCGAGAGCUCUACGCCUGUACUAUGAUCAAGAUGAUAGAUCGUGCUGGACUUGGACCCAUGUUCCGUGAAAAAGGCCCUUUCACCCUCUUCGCGCCUUACGACCUUGCAUUCGGCUUCCUGCCUGAUGACAUCUGGAACAAGCUCAUGUCCAAUAACACUUAUCUCCGCGAGCUCCUCCUCUUCCACACCGUACCCCGUCUCGUUGGAAGCAUCGACGACGUAUACAACGACGAACUCAUCGAGACAAUGCUUCCCGACAAGAACAUCCGACUCAAUAUCUACCAGAUUGGCAAGAUGAUGAGGAUUACAGCGUGUGGUGGACCUGUAAUAGACGGUGGAAACGCAACCAAUGGUGAGGUUCGCAUAAUCUCUAAUGUGAUGCAUCCAGUUCCACCAGGUGAUAUAAUGGAAGUCGUUAACAAUGAUAAGCAAUUCACCAAGCUUAAGAAAUUGAUUUAUCUGGCAAAACUACAAGAUUACCUAAAAGAGGGUCCAUUCACGUUUUUCAUUCCAAAUAACGAUGGCAUCGACAAGCUGUCACGUGACGAGUUGAAGAAACUUGAGCACAACACAACAUUACUACGUGAAGUAUUACUCUACCACCUCUUAGAUUGGACUCUCUAUGCAUCUGGGAGCUAUGAUGGAGAAGUGUUUGCCACCGUACAGGGAGAAUCAAUCAAUCUAACUGUAUGGUAUGAUACUCUUUGGGUAAAUGGACAUACCAACGCCAGAGUGGUCUAUCAGGACUACAACAUCUACAAUGGUGUUCUGCAUAUCAUUGACAAGGUGCUCAUCCCACCUAUCAUUUGGAGGAAGUACACCUGAGAAACUGAUCUUAUGAGAUAAAUCAUAUUAGAUCUCACGAGAAUAGAAUAGGAUCCGAGUGUGUAUAUUGUAUCUCCCAAAUCAUAUCAUAGCGUAAUCAGCAUUUAAAAUCUCUUGGGAACACAGUAAUCUCUAGACUACCUCUUGCACAAAAUUUGACUGUGAAGAUGUAAAUAACACGUUGAACAUUCCCCUAAUUCGGUUUGAAAAUAUCCUGCAACUUUAUCAAAUAUUUGGCUUACACUACCUCAGGCGAGGGUUCGUAUAGACUCCACUACACUUCACUACCGGUACCCUCUGCUCCACCUACACAAAGUACCUCGGCGGACAAAUACUCGCUCUCUCUCAAAAAAAGACAAAUUGUGGCACUUUAUGGUAACGAAAAUGGCGAAGGCAAAUUGCACAUGCGCGGAGGUCUGCAGCAAUUUUAGGUACAAAUUGUUGCAGACCUCCGUGCAUGCGCAAUUUGCCUUCGCCAUUUUUGAUUCGGCAGAGAAUUUAUUUCGUGUGAUGAAUCGAGAACUGGCUUCAAAUCAUCGAUUAUGAGACGUUUUCAAGAAAGGGCAAGGAGCGAGUCUGUGUCCGAUGGUAAAUUUAGUAACUGUAGAGUAAGCUGAAUGUAUGUUUAGGUCUUGAUAUGCUGCUUUUGUUACCAUAAAGUGCCACAAUUUGUCUUUGUUUUUUGAGAGCGAGUAUUUGUCCCUGAGGGUUCGGAAAGGUGGAGCGGAGGGUAGUGGUAGUGAAGUGCAUUGGAGCCUAUACGAACCCUCACCUGAGGUAGACUUACACAAAAGGUUAACUUGUGUACUCUCCUGUAUUUCUAUCAAAAAUCACAUAAAGGUUAAUUUGGAAGACAUUUUUUGGAACACUAAUUAAUAUCAUCUCUCCAGUUCCUAUUCAAAAACAUUUUUUGUAGAGUGAGCAUGAGGUGUCAAUUUGUGGUAAAAUUGACAUGUAAAUACCAUGUUGGGUAAAUGUUUCAAUACAAAAAUAAACAUGGAAUAAAAAAGAUAACUUGUUGAAACUGAAUGAUUUCCCAACAGUUUUAUGUAAAAAAAAUACCAUUCUCAUUUGAUUUUAUUAAUGAACUAUCUCUUCUUGUUCUCCCUCAUUUUUAUCUAAAAUUUGUAUAAGAAUUUUAAUAUCUCACCACAAUAUAGUGAUACAGUAAAAAACUGACAAAAUGUCAACAGUAAAUUGUCAAAAUCAAUAGGCAAAUCAACUUAGAUAGCACCAUAAAAGUGCUUAAGGAUAGCCAGAGAUUGUUUUCACUAACACUUUGUUACAGAUAAUCAUGUUUUUCAAAAUGUUACAGAAUUAAAGAUUUUUAUAUAUAUACUAAA